AUGGAGGCGCUGUGGUCCCCGCCGCGCAUCACGAGACGCCUCGAGAGGGCGUGGGACGAGCGAGGCGGCCACGCGGCCACGCGCCAUCACGAGACGCCUCGAGAGGGCGUGGGACGAGCGAGGCGGCCACGCGGCCACGCGCCAUCACGAGACGCCUCGAGAGGGCGUGGGACGAGCGAGGCGGCCACGCGGCCACGCGCCAUCACGAGACGCCUCGAGAGGGCGUGGGACGAGCGAGGCGGCCACGCGGCCACGCGCCAUCACGAGACGCCUCGAGAGGGCGUGGGACGAGCGAGGCGGCCACGCGGCCACGCGCCAUCACGAGACGCCUCGAGAGGGCGUGGGACGAGCGAGGCGGCCACGCGGCCACGCGCCAUCACGAGACGCCUCGAGAGGGCGUGGGACGAGCGAGGCGGCCACGCGGCCACGCGCCAUCACGAGACGCCUCGAGAGGGCGUGGGACGAGCGAGGCGGCCACGCGGCCACGCGCCAUCACGAGACGCCUCGAGAGGGCGUGGGACGAGCGAGGCGGCCACGCGGCCACACGCCAUCACGAGACGCCUCGAGAGGGCGUGGGACGAGCGAGGCGGCCACGCGGCCACGCGCCAUCACGAGACGCCUCGAGAGGGCGUGGGACGAGCGAGGCGGCCACGCGGCCACGCGCCAUCACGAGACGCCUCGAGAGGGCGUGGGACGAGCGAGGCGGCCACGCGGCCACGCGCCAUCACGAGACGCCUCGAGAGGGCGUGGGACGAGCGAGGCGGCCACGCGGCCACGCGCCAUCACGAGACGCCUCGAGAGGGCGUGGGACGAGCGAGGCGGCCACGCGGCCACGCGCCAUCACGAGACGCCUCGAGAGGGCGUGGGACGAGCGAGGCGGCCACGCGGCCACGCGCCAUCACGAGACGCCUCGAGAGGGCGUGGGACGAGCGAGGCGGCCACGCGGCCACGCGCCAUCACGAGACGCCUCGAGAGGGCGUGGGACGAGCGAGGCGGCCACGCGGCCACACGCCAUCACGAGACGCCUCGAGAGGGCGUGGGACGAGCGAGGCGGCCACGCGGCCACACGCCAUCACGAGACGCCUCGAGAGGGCGUGGGACGAGCGAGGCGGCCACGCGGCCACGCGCCAUCACGAGACGCCUCGAGAGGGCGUGGGACGAGCGAGGCGGCCACGCGGCCACGCGCCAUCACGAGACGCCUCGAGAGGGCGUGGGACGAGCGAGGCGGCCACGCGGCCACACGCCAUCACGAGACGCCUCGAGAGGGCGUGGGACGAGCGAGGCGGCCACGCGGCCACACGCCAUCACGAGACGCCUCGAGAGGGCGUGGGACGAGCGAGGCGGCCACGCGGCCACACGCCAUCACGAGACGCCUCGAGAGGGCGUGGGACGAGCGAGGCGGCCACGCGGCCACACGCCAUCACGAGACGCCUCGAGAGGGCGUGGGACGAGCGAGGCGGCCACGCGGCCACACGCCAUCACGAGACGCCUCGAGAGGGCGUGGGACGAGCGAGGCGGCCACGCGGCCACGCGCCAUCACGAGACGCCUCGAGAGGGCGUGGGACGAGCGAGGCGGCCACGCGGCCACGCGCCAUCACGAGACGCCUCGAGAGGGCGUGGGACGAGCGAGGCGGCCACGCGGCCACACGCCAUCACGAGACGCCUCGAGAGGGCGUGGGACGAGCGAGGCGGCCACGCGGCCACACGCCAUCACGAGACGCCUCGAGAGGGCGUGGGACGAGCGAGGCGGCCACGCGGCCACGCGGCCACACGCGCGGCGAGACGGAACCAGCGGGGGGCGCGACUCGUGACUGA